AAGUCAGAAUUAUUGCUAAAUCCCGCCUAUUUCUACAAUCAGAUUUUUAAACCUAACCAUAAUCACACUGCUAACCCUGUGCCUAAUUAUAACCAUACAUUAAGACCAAAAAGUACAUUUUUGUUUUUAUUCAUUUUUACGAUAUACCCAUUUUGACUUUGUGCGUGUGGUAAUUAGUGACAACCACAAGUGUAUACAUCUGUACUUCCACACGGCGAUGUCUCGGAAGAAAGAGAAAGAAGAUUAUUACCGUUUUUUCUCGGUGACAGAACCACGCACCCACGAGAAGGGACACACGGAAUAUAAAGUCACCGCAAGGUUUGUCUCCAAGCGUCGUCCAGAGGACGUCAAAGAGGUGAUAGUAUGGAGGAGGUACAGUGAACUGAAGAAGCUAUAUGGAGAGCUGUCCUACACACACAGAAACCUGUUCAGGAGACAGGAGGAGUUCCCUCCGUUCCCUGGCGCUCAGCUCUUUGGUAGGUUUGAUGAAGGGGUGAUCGAGGAGAGGAGGAGUGCAGCUGAGGUCAUGCUACUAUUCACCACCAAUAUCCCUGCUCUCUACAACAGCCCUCAGCUUAAGGACUUCUUUAGGGGUGGUGAGGUGAUCAGGCCGUUAGACCCCUCUCCUCUCUCCUCCUCCACCCCCCUCCCUCCCCCACUCAUCCCCCUGCCACAGCGUCGAGGCUCAGACUGUGAACCUGCGGCGGAGGAGGAGGGGACCGAGGCCCCUAUCCAACCCCAGAAGCUGGGUCUUUCACUGGGCACGGAUCUAGUCGAGCCUGAGGUUGCAGCUGAGGCCUACAGUGAGAUGGGGGGUUGUCCUACUCCAGUAACACCUACAGCUGAGGAGGAGGAGGAAGAGUUAACGGACCUUCCUGAUGUACCCGGCGAUCUGAAGCUAGACGACAGAGUUCUCAAUCCGUUCCGGCCCUGCGUCCUCAGAACAGACCAAUCACAGUCUCAGGAGGAGUUUGAUUCGCUGUUCGAUUCUGUGAUGCGGGAGGAGCCUUCAGAGGAAGUACCGCCCCCUCCUCUCUCCGACAACGACCUCGCCAUCUUCGACCCCUGUGCUAAAGAAGACCAACCGAGCGCAUCACACAACCAAUCAGAACUUCUGUCGCUGCCCUUGACCAAUCCGGACGGUGGGGAGGCGGGCUAUCUGAAGCAGGCAGCCAAUGAGCUCACAGCUGCGAUGGAAAGCGAGAAGGAGGGAGAGUACAGUACAGCCAUACAAAAAUACAAGACAGCUGUGGAUUUACUCAUCACUGGAGUUAAAGGAGAUCCAGACCCACAACGUAGAGGUUCAGUAAAGAGAAGAACUGCUCAGUAUCUGGAACAUGCAGAGACACUACUCACACGACUUACCUCCACACACACCUCGCAGGACCAGGAUGCUUAAACACACACACACACACACACUGCGGAGAAGUACUCAUAAACACACACAUGAACAGGACGCUGAAACACACACUCCUUAAUACACUCAGGAUCAAUAGAACAACUGGAGUUUUGAACAACCAAUAGCACCACUUACACACACACACACACACCUCUCUCCCUCCCUCCCUCUCUCUUAAAACCACAGGAGGUUGGUGGCCUCUUAAUUGGGGAGGACGGGCUCGUGGUAAUGGCUGGAGCGGAAUACAUGGAAUGGUGUCAAAUACAUCAAACGUUCAGUUUCCAGGUGUUUCGUUCCCUCUGUUCCAGACAUUAUUAAUGUGUCGCCCUCCACUCAACAGCCUCCUGUUGCUUAAAACACACACACACACACGCACACACACAAACACACACACACACACACACACAAACACACACACACGCACACACAAACACACACACACGCACACACACAAACACACACACACACACGCACACACAAAGAAUCACAUCCCUGUUGCUUCUAGAAUCACAUCCCUGUUGCUUCUAGAAUCACAUCCCUGUUGCUUCUAGAAUCACAUCCCUGUUGCUUCUAGAAUCACAUCCCUGUUGCUUCUAGAAUCACAUCCCUGUUGCUUCUAGAAUCACAUCCCUGUUGCUUCUAGAAUCUGAAAUCAACUGUCAAAUAAUUGAAUCUGAUUCCCCUUAAUGAACAAGACAAUGGCUUGCGUUCCAAAAGGCACCCUAUUCCCUAUAUAGUGCACGGCUUUUUACCAGGGCCAAUAGGUGAACACUAGGGUUCUAGGGCUCUGGUCUAAAGUAGUGCACUAAAUAGGGAAUAGGGCUCUGGUCUAUAUAAGGAAUAUGGUUCCUUUGUCCUCUUAAUUUAUCUUCCUAGAUUCUUUUACAAUGUUUUAAGGUGUUAAUAGUAUUGUGUGUUUUUGUACACUACACGCAUUACUUCAUUGUUUUCUUAAAUAAAUCAAUAAAAACAGA